AUGCCAAGUGUACCGGCCAAGUCUCUAGCGGCCCUCAAUGCACUUCGGUGCCAAGUAUUUGGUACCACAUAUAACCCCAACAAUGUUCGUACGGGAGCAAAGUAUUUGAAGAAAGCUCUGGUUGGCGAUGCGAUGCUCAAGUACUAUCCGCCGCAAGUGAAACUUUCUUCUAUCCGUGCUGUUAUUCCUGAAAUGCCAUCGUUGAUGCUUCCGGAAGAGUUUCAGCGUCUUAAGGAUGUUGACCGCAAGAGGAUGCUUGGAAAGGGGCCACCUAAGAAGGGUGAGGGUCGUCGUGCUACGAUGAAAGGCAAGAAGAAAUAA